AUGAGCAAAGAGAUCAACGGCAUAGUGAAAUCCUGGGGGGAAGCAACAGUUCGCAAAUCGAUUGUUAGAAAGAAAAGGGCAAAUAGCACCUUAAUGUCUGUGGCCCAUUUGGUUGAUGAUGAGUCAGCAGAAGAGGUGGGUCACGUUGAGAAGAUUCUCCCCAAUGGUGAUUUCUAUACAGGCCUAUGGCUGGACGGGUUCCCCCAUGGCCAAGGAAAAUACAUGUGGACAGAUGGGUGCGUGUAUGUUGGUGAAUGGGUCAGAGGAAGCACCUUGGGGAAGGGGAGGUUUAGUUGGCCUAGUGGUGCUACCUUUGAGGGUGACUUCAAGAGUGGUAACAACAUGGAUGGGAAAGGCACUUAUAUUGGUUCUUCUGGGGACACCUACAAGGGGUCUUGGGUAAUGAGCUUGAAGCAUGGGGAAGGGACUGAGAGCUACCCCAAUGGAGAUUUCUAUGAUGGGGAGUGGAGGAAGGGGUUGCAGAAUGGGCAUGGAAGGUACCAGUGGAACAACGGGAACCAGUACAUUGGGCAGUGGAAGAGUGGGGUGUUUUGUGGGAAUGGGACAAUGAUGUGGAGCAAUGGGAAUAGGUAUGAUGGUUGCUGGGAGGAGGGGUUGCCUAAGGGGAAUGGCACAUUCAGGUGGGUUGAUGGGAGUUUCUAUGUUGGGGUUUGGAGUCAAGAUCCAAAUGAGCAGAGUGGGACUUAUUAUCCUUCAAGUUCUUCUGAUAGUCCUAUGGAUUGGGAUCCUCAGAAUGUGUACAAUGUGGAGCUGAGUGAUUGCCAGAUUUGUUCUAGUGAGAAGGUGUCAAUUUUCCCUUCACAGAAGACAUUGACUGGGUGUGGAGAGGAGGAUCAUAAGCCACUGCAAAAGAAAAGAACUGAUGGGAGUGGGAGACCAAGGUGGACUUCAGAGGAUGGAAGGAUUAGUAGUUACAGUUGUGAUGAUGCUGUUGGUUUUCAUGUAGGUAGGAAAUCUGGAUUUAGUGUCAUGGAUGAUCUUGCGGCUACGGCUCGAAACAGUUCUGCGCGGUUGAGAAUAAAGAAUCCCAAGAGACAAGGACAGACCAUAUCCAAAGGGCACAAGAAUUAUGAGCUUAUGUUGAAUCUGCAGCUAGGUAUCAGACAUUCUGUUGGAAGACCUGCUCCAACUGCAUCUCUUGAUUUGAAGUCUUCUGCCUUUGAUCCCAAAGAAAAAGUAUGGACAAGAUUUCCACCGGAAGGAUCCAAGCACACACCACCUCACCAGUCUUGUGAAUUUAGAUGGAAAGACUACUGCCCGGUAGUGUUCAGGGCUCUCAGAAAAUUGUUCAAAGUUGACGCAGCUGAUUAUAUGAUUUCAAUAUGUGGGAAUGAGGCUCUUCGAGAGCUCUCAUCCCCUGGGAAAAGUGGAAGCUUUUUCUAUUUGACAAAUGAUGAUCGUUACAUGAUAAAGACCAUGAAAAAAGCCGAAGCAAAAGUUUUUAUGAGAAUGCUUCCUGCUUAUUACAAACAUGUUCGGGCUUUUGAGAACACUCUAGUUACCAAGUUCUUUGGCCUCCACUGUGUUAAACUAACCGGGUCUGCACAGAAGAAGGUUCGUUUUGUCAUCAUGGGAAACCUAUUUUGUUCUCAGUAUGCCAUCCACAGGCGCUUUGACUUAAAAGGUUCAACCUUUGGUCGCACUACUGAUAAACCCGAAUCAGAAAUAGAGCCUACAACAACACUCAAGGACCUUGACCUAAAUUUUAUAUUCCGGUUACAGAAGUCUUGGUUCCAAGAAUUCUGCAGGCAAGUGGAUAGGGACUGUGACUUUCUUGAGCAGGAGAGGAUUAUGGAUUACAGUAUGUUGGUUGGUCUUCACUUCAAGGACACAACAUCUCUUGGCACUGUUACUCCUAGUCGUCACAGUUCAGCCAGUUGUUUCACCCCAACUGAUGUAGACGUUGGAAGGCCCCGUCUUUCAGGAGUGGAUACAGAUCAUAUUUUUGUAGAUCCUAGCCGAUGGAUUCAAUUAGGAGUAAACAUGCCAGCGCGGGCUGAAAUGACUAUGAGAAAAAGUACCAGUGACAUUCCUCAGCUGGUUGGAGAUCCAACUGGGGAGUUUUAUGAGAUCAUUAUCUUUUUUGGUAUCAUAGACAUAUUGCAAGACUAUGAUAUCAGUAAAAAACUUGAACAUGCUUACAAAUCAUUCCAAUAUGAUCCAUCAUCAAUCUCUGCUGUUGAUCCAAGGCUAUACUCUAAACGCUUUCGUGAUUUCGUCUUCAGAGUUUUUGUAGAUGACAAUUGA